AUGAGUCCAGCCAAGAGUCUUACCGAGAAUUGGCCCAAGCUGCUCAAGUUAAUCAAGAACACUGGUCUAGAGAAGGAUACAAUCAUUGCUUUCACCGAUGAUCACGGUGACAUUUUUAGCGAGCGCAGCCUGUGGUACAAGACAGCCUGGUUUGAGAACCCCUCCCGAGUGCCCAUGCUCUUCCGUGCUCCUAAGAAGUUUGCUCCCAAUUGUGUCUCUGGCCUCUACGGUUGA